CCACAGGCCCAGGAUGACGACUUGCUGCUGGUGUACCCCAGGCGGCAGCUCUACCAUCAGCUUUCUGAAGCAAUAUGCAACCCAGACGUGCCCGAGCAGUGAGUUUCAGACGGCCAAUGAAGAUCUUUGCUUCUGCUUGGAGUGUGUGAUAGAAUACCACAAGGCCAGGGAUGAGCUGCCCUUUUAUCAUGAGGUGUUAUGGGAAUUAGAAAUUGCCCGGAUUACGAACUACUUUGAAAAAUCCAUGAACGCGGAACUCGAGGAUGAUGAUGAGGUGUAUAUAGUGGACAAUAACGGAGAUGCCCAGCCCUUGGACUUUGCCACUGGCCAUGACUUUGAGAACAAGAUCCGGGUUCCUCUUCUGGAGAUCCUGAAGUUCCCGUAUCUGCUCUUAGAUGAACGUGUCAAUGAGCUGUGUGUGGAGGCGCUGUGCCGGAUGGAGCAAGCCAACUGCUCCUUCCAGGUAUUUGAGAAGCACCCGGGGAUCUAUCUGUUUCUGGUUCACCCCAAUGAAAUGGUUCGGCGUUGGGCUAUCCUGACCGCAAGAAACCUGGGAAAAGUGGACAGAGAUGAUUAUUAUGACUUGCAGGAGGUUCUGACUUGCCUGUUUAAAGUCAUUGAGCUGGGUCUGUUAGAAAGUCCAGACAUUUAUACUUCUUCUGUCCUUGAGAAGGGUAAACUGAUUCUUUUGCCGUCACACAUGUAUGAUGCUACCAACUACAAAAACUACUGGUUAGGUAUUUGCAUGCUGCUGACCAUUCUGGAGGAGCAGGCCAUGGACUCGUUGUUGCUGGGCUCGGAUAAGCAGAAUGACUUUAUGCAUUCAAUCCUUCACACCAUGGAAAGGCAGUCGGAUGAUGAUAGCAUGGAUCCUUUCUGGCCAGCCCUACACUGUUUCAUGGUGAUUCUAGACCGCCUGGGAUCAAAGGUAUGGGGCCAGCUUAUUGAUCCAAUCGAGGCUUUUCAAACCAUCAUCAACAACACGAGCUACAAUAGAGAGAUCCAAGCUAUUCGGAGAAGCUCUUUAAGGACUAAGUUUGAACCGGAACCACACUUGGAUGGUAUGGUGACUUGCAGCCAGAUUGUAUACAGUUACAAUCCUGAAAAGAACAAAAAGGAUUCAGGGUGGCGGUCAGCCAUCUGCCCAGAUUAUUGCCCAAAUAUGUAUGAGGAGAUGGAAACGCUCGCCAGUGUGCUUCAGUCUGACAUCGGCCAGGACAUGCGGGUGCACAACAGCACCUUCUUGUGGUUCAUCCCCUUUGUCCAAUCCCUCAUGGACCUGAAGGACUUGGGUGUGGCUUACAUCGUAGAGGUCAUUCACCACCUACAUUCAGAAGUCAAAGAUGUCCUCAACCAAACAGAUGCCGUGUGUGAUAAAGUCACAGAAUUCUUCCUUCUCAUCUUGGUCUCAGUGAUCGAACUGCACCGAAACAAAAAGUGUUUGCAUUUGCUGUGGGUUAGUUCUCAGAAGUGGGUGGAAGCUAUUGUGAAAUGUGCCAAGCUUCCAACCAGUGCUUUCGCACGGACUGCUGAGAAAUCGACGCCCAGUACCCCCAAAGGCACCCCAGUUUUCUCUACGCUGUCGCUACACACCAUGCCAUCCAACUCUGUGCAGCUGGCCUGCGUACAGCUAAUCAGAAGUCUUCUUAAGGAAGGCUACCAGCUUGGCCAGCAGACUCUAUGUAAGCGAUUCUGGGACAAGCUCAACUUGUUCCUGAGAGGCAACCUCUCUGUGGGUUGUCAGCUGACAGCUCGGGAAACCCACGAGCUACAGUUAUGUUUGAAACAAAUCAUUAGAAACAUCAAGUUGAAGGUCCCUCAGCAUAAUGCUCUUGUCGACCUGGCUCCUCCAAGCAAAAGCUCUCUUGCCUCUUGUUCUAAAGAUGAGAGUGAAGGAAAUGAGAAGCCUAGGGAAGAUCUGCUCUGUCUGGAAAGUUCUAGACAAGUUCUUUUUAAAGAGCUAGUGAAAGCUGAUGAGUGCCAGGUGCCUGAGGAGGUGUCGGUGAGAGCACCAAAAGCUAUCAGAGAGAAUGAGCAGAAAGAUCUGAAGCUGGAAGACCAUCCCUCCACUGAACCUUGUUUCAAGCGGAGUCAUGAAAAUGAUUUGACCAAAAGAGCACAAGAGCCAGCUCAAAUCAGCACAGGGAAGCAGGAGUUCUUAGAAGCGAAUGAUGCUUUAAGUAAAGGCUCCCAAGGGGACUCUGAUAGAGGAACGAUCAUAUCCACACACGCAUUAGCUGCUCCCAGCUCCAACUCCCUGGCAAAUGAGGAGCCUUCUCUUAAGAAUGAUACUCUUGGCAAAACCUUCAGAGUCACUAAGGCACAGAAAGAUAAGAUUUGUGCUAAGUUGUCACAUGUGAUAAAGCAACACAGGAAAAGUACUGUGGUUAACAAUAAUGUCUUCGACUUAAAGGAAACCCUGAUGGUGUCCAGCAUUGAGAGUGUUUAUUCGAGAAAAAGCACCGUAGAUCCUCAAGGGGAAGAUGGCUUAUUUCAUCGUCUCUGUCCAGAUGCACACAGUCUUCUGGAUGAGAAAAACGGAGACCAGAAGUGUUCAAAACCCUCAGUGCUGCAAAAGAAACAAUUGAACAAAGAUUUUGAUAUUUUCUCCUCCCACAAAAAUAGUUCCCGGAUCCAGAAAAGUGGUGGUGGUGGUGGUGAUGAUGAUGAUGAUGGUGAUGAUAAUAAAGAUUUGGUCUCACUUACAGAAAUGACCAGUUUUAUGAGGAAGACCUCUGCUUCAGAAGACCCUGGGAGUAGCCUUGAUGCCCAAGAGGUGGUCACUCACAAGAUCAGCAAGGGUGUUUCUAUGGACUUGCAAGACCAGCCCUUCAGCCUCACUCCAAAGGCUGACGCUCUAUCAGAUUCUCAGGUAGACCGAGAUAUCCACAACUUAUCUUUACUGGCGCAAGUCAGCGCGAUCACAUUUCCUUCAGACUCUUCUCCACAAAGUUUGUGCCAGCUCCAGAGGAAAGUCAGAGAGGAGAAAAGAUGUUUCACGGCUAAGCAGAGUAGUGGCAGGGAUGCCAGUGAGAGUCAGAUUAUUAUAAUUUCCGAUUCUGAUGAAGAGGGGGAAGAAAUGGCCCCGAGUUCUGAGAAGCGUUUGGAACAAGUGAAUGUGGCCUUGGAGGAGCAGGAGCCAGGAUGCCCAACUCCAAUAGCUGACACAAACAUGGAAAGUAAAGCAGCAGAGGAAGAAGAGGCCGAGCGUCUUCUGCAGUUCGAGGACUCAGACUCUCAGGUUUUUGAGUUUGAAACCCAAUAUGACGUAUUUUCAGUUUGGCAAGAUCAAGCAGAUAAGAAUUCCGAUCCAGAGGGGGAAGAAAGUUUCUCUCCGUCCCAUGGAGUGGAAGUCACAAAUGAGCAGGUUCAGGAUGCAGAGGAUGCAUCUGAAGGGGCCAUUUCCAAAGCAGCAGAGGACCUUAUGGAGCAGGCAGAACCACAGAGUAGUAGCAGCAGAAUCUCUGUUGAGGAACUGUAUGAAAUUGGCGUUAAGAAAAGCAAGAGAAAACGAUCAGAAAAAGCCAGUACUAGAAAGUCCUUAAAGCCUUCCAAAGCAGCCAGAAAAGAGGACCCAAUGGAUAUUUCCCAGGAGGUGGGUCUGAAAGCAAAAGUAGUGAAAAGGGCCAAGCCAGCACCUUCCACUUCCACUGAUUCAAGAGCCACUGCCUUGAAGAAGGCGCUUUCAAAGCCUGGCACUUCGUCUAAGUCCGUCCGGAAGGGCCCAGCUUCUAAGAGCUCUAAGAAGAUGAAAUCGGAGACUAAGAAGGCGCCAAAAAAAAGUAAUUACAUACGUUGUCGGACUAGUCCUGCUGUCGUGCUAGAAAAGAAACACCGUCAGCAUCCUGAGCCCACAUUAACGGUGGAGAAACUGGGCCUGAAGAAGCCCCCUCGCAAGGCCGUGAUUCUGUCUCAGCCAUCUCUUACCAAAGUCAAGCUGUUACGUAACUAUGGCCAGAUGGCGGGAGCAGUUGAUAUCCAGAACAAUACUAAAAUAAUCACUCCCCAGACUCACUCGGUCAGAAAUAACAAGAAAUUGCUAGUCAUGCAAGAGCCGUGCAUGCGAAAGCAGGUGGGGGCCAGUGCACCAAGGAAGCAACCAAGCCUCAUCCAUAGUGAAGGGACAAAGGGCAGGGAGGCAGGGCCACCUGCAGCACAGAGAUCUGCAACUUCAGGCUCAGAACCAGCUCAGUAUGACUGUAGGCGAGGAACGGAUGUUUUUACUCUGAGCACUGUGGCCUCUGAAGAAGACCCAGUGAAAGACACAGCCAUUUCACCAGGUAGUGAUGGACUUUAUCUUCGGGGCUUGAGCAGCUCUGACAGGAUGGAGGGAGGACUAAGACCAGCAGACUGGCCGGCCAAUCCUGCCUCAGAGACCCCUGUGGGGCCUAACAGCGUUCUAAAGGCACAGCAAGUGGCCGUCCCCAAGGAGGGCCAUCCUGAUUCUGACAGCGACCUAGAAGAUGAGGCUCUGUUUCUAACUCAGCACGAUCCCUGUGACAUGGACUUAUGUUCCCAAAUGGAAUCUGACCACAUGCAAGGAUCAGACAUUGCUCAGAGGGAGGGCACUGCAGUGCAGGCCAGCACAUCCCCAGCGCUGCCUCAGUUGGAGCCUCUGAGGAGCACCAUGUGCAAGCAUAAGGACUGUGUAGAAACUGCCCAGAACCAGGGCGACUUCUGCUCCAAGCACGUGGACAUUGAAGUGUUCCGCAAGCCUGCCUUGCCGCCCACUCAGCUGAGAACCAGACCCUCCACCACCAAGGUCUUCAGCUCCAGUAGCAGUUCACGGCUGGCUAAUCUGUCCAGGUCUUUGGAAAGUAGCUCUACAACCCCAUCUUCAGCAAAAAGCAAGCCCAGUGGGGUGCCGCCUGUUCAGAAAUUCCUCCCACCACCCCCUCCCCUUCCCCCUCCCCCUCCCCCACCUGAACCCCCCCUGAAGACUCCGGCCAAGGAGAAGGGUCUGUGCAGUGUUCUUUUCUCUUCAGCACCCUCUGUGGUCUCCAGACCCCUGUUUAGGCCUCUCUGUGCUGAAACUCGGGUUCAGUCCACAAACGCCCCAGUCAGCGUACUUCUGUCCGCGCAAUCCAUCACAGAUGCCUUUAUCAAAGAGGUCCUCAAGUGGAAGCAUGAAAUGUUCGUGAAUUUUAGCCAGUAUGGGCCUCCUGCCAGCUUGUGCCAAGCCAUCACCAGACCUGUGCCAGUGCGAUUUCAAAACGCUGUAGAGUAUUACAAUGUCUUCUUCCCUUUAGUGAUCCUGAAUACUUUUGAAACAGUGGCACAGGAAUGGAGCAGUUCUUCAAGUAAAUCAUAUGUAUUGCUGUUUCGAAAAUUUCCUGCUGAUUAUAAAAAAUAUUGGGAGUUUGUGGUCCAUCUUGAUGAGAACGAACUGGCCAAGCAGCUUCAUCCAAAGGAAAAUGAUCUGGUGUUUUUGGUUUCUGAGUGCCGGCCUGGAGAGAGGAAGGAUUUUGCGAGGAAGCACAAGCCGGAGUCCCAUGAAUACUACUGUGGCUUCGUGCACAAGUUCCGCCGCACAUCCAGCAUGCGCAGUGGCAAGUUCGAGUGUUGCCUCUCCAUCCAGACGCAGGAGCGGCUGCCCAUAAAUGUCAACGAGCCCAUGCGUUGUGUUGUCGUCAGUUCCUUGGUAACGACACAGAGAAAGUUGAAAGCCAUGUCUCUGCUGGGUAGCCGCAGUCAGUUGGCCAGAGCCAUUCUGAACCCCAACCCCAUGGACUUCUGUACAAAAGACCUGCUGAACACUGCAUCAGAGAGAAUCGUUUCCUUACACAAUUACAACGAAGACCAGAAGAAAGCCAUUGAAACUGCAUACGCCAUGGUGAAGAAUUCUCCGUCCGUGGCCAAGAUCUGCUUGAUCCAUGGGCCUCCCGGCACUGGAAAGUCAAAGACCAUUGUUGGCCUCCUGUCCCGUCUGCUGACAGAGAACCAGAGGAGGGGACGCUCCAGUGAAAACUCCAACGCCAAAAUCAAGCAAAAUCGGGUACUUGUGUGUGCGCCUUCCAAUGCGGCUGUAGACGAACUCAUGAAAAAGAUUAUAAUCGAGUUCAAAGAAAAAUGUAAAGAAAAGAACCACCCUCAGGGUAACUGUGGAGAUAUCAAUUUAGUACGUCUGGGUCCAGAAAAAUCCAUCAACACUGAAGUCCUAAGAUUCAGCUUAGACAAUCAAGUUAGCCACAGAAUGAAAAAAGCCCAGCCUUCUCAUGUCCAGGAGAUGUACAGGAGGAAGGAGUAUCUGGACCGUCAGCUGGAUGAGCUUUCCCGCCAGCGAGCUCUAUUCCGAGGGGCAAGGAAAAUUCAGAGACAAGAAUUAGAUGAAAAAAUUGCCAGAGUUUCCAAAGAAAGGCGGGAACUGGCAGUUAAAAUCAAAGAAGUACAGGGCCGUCCCCAGAGAACGCAGAGCCUGGUGAUCCUGGAGUCGCACAUCAUCUGCUGCACACUGAGCACAAGUGGUGGCAUAUUGCUCGAGUCAGCUUUCCGAGGCCAGGGCGGCAUGCCCUUCAGCUGCAUCAUUGUCGAUGAGGCUGGGCAGUCCUGCGAAGUGGAGACUCUCACGCCUCUCAUCCAUCGCUGCAACAAGCUCAUCCUGGUUGGGGACCCCAAGCAGCUCCCCCCAACAAUCAUUUCCAUGAAAGCUCAGGAAUUUGGCUAUGACCAAUCGAUGAUGGCCCGUUUCUACAAACUGCUGGAGGAGAAUGUGGAGGACAACACGAUCGGCCGUCUCCCCAUCGUGCAGCUCACAGUGCAGUACCGAAUGCACCCUGAUAUCUGCUUCUUCCCCGCCAACUACAUCUACAACAAGAACCUGAGGACCAGUAGGCUGACUGAAACCUUACGCUGUUCAUCAGAGUGGCCCUUCCAGCCCUACCUGGUGUUUGACGUUGGUGAUGGUGCAGAGAGACGGGACAAUGAGUCCUAUGUCAAUGCCCAAGAAAUCAAACUGGUGAUGGAAAUCAUUAAACUCAUCAAAGAAGAACGGAAGGACCUGACUUUCCGGCAAAUCGGCAUCAUCACCCAUUAUAAAGCCCAGAAGACAAUGAUCCAGAAGGACCUGACUCGGGAAUUUGAUAAGAAAGGACCUGCAGAAGUGGACACCGUAGAUGGCUUCCAGGGGCGCCAGAAGGACUGUAUCAUUGUAACUUGCGUGCGAGCCAAUUCCAUGCCAGGCUCCGUUGGGUUUUUGUCCAGUUUGCAGAGACUGAAUGUUGCCAUCACGCGAGCCAAGUACAGCCUCUUCAUCCUUGGGCAUCUGAGAACCCUGAUGGACAGCACACAUUGGAACCAUCUGAUCCAGGACGCGCAGCGGCGUGGUGCUAUCGUGAAGACCUGCAACCGCAACUACCGGCACGAUGCCCUGAAGAUCCUGAAGCUGAAGAAGCCCAGCCUGCAGCGGAGCCUCACACACCCCCCUGCUGCCACUCCUGAGGCUGCCCGGCCCCAGGACGGCCUGCCCGGCUCCACUCUGGACAAUGUGUCCGCCUACUACCUCACACCCCCUCCUGACUCUGGGGAGUCUGUGGUCCCCGCCAAGGACCCGGAGAAGUCGUCAGUGCAGGACCUUCCUCGGGAUCCCCGCCUGCUUCGGAGACUGGGCAUCUCCCUGGAUCCCCGGUGCCAGAGCACACAGCCCCCCAGAGCCAUCCUUGGGCAAGGGGAGCAGCCCACCUGCCUCGAGGGGCUGCCGGAGCUGGGUGGCACUUUGAACGGCAGCGGACUCGACCUACAUGGGGUGCCAGGGGCCCCCAGGGUUAGUGACUUGCAUGAAUGGCACUCUGGAGGCACCUUCCCACAGAGGACCAUGGACUGGGAAAAGAGGCACCUGCCCGAGGAAGAUGGUCACACCAAGAGAAAGAGGCUCCUUUAGGGGGCCUGACCCUGCCCCGCCCUGUGCACUCUGUAGUGGCCCCAGCUCAGCAGACUCAUGUCCCCGCCACCUUUUCUUCGGGGGCGGGUGUGCGGGGACCUGGAAGGUGCGUGGCCGGAGCUUAUAGGGUGUUGACAGUGCCUCCUUCAUAACAUCUUUGAAGUUGAGGCUCUUUGGUAGAAAAGGAAGUUGGAAAUGUAGAAAUGUAUAUUUGUACAGCAAAUACCAAAACCCUUAAAAAGGUUAGAACAUCACUUUGGUUUCCCUGCCGAGAAUGUGAAUCUUCUUCCCUUCAGAACCAGAUUCUUGAGACGGCAGUGCAGGAGUGAGAGGCAGGCGCCUUUGCUCUUGCUGUGGGGACCAACCUUGGGACAGUGGGUGGGGGAGAGAAGCAGAUUGGGCCACUUCAGAGAUCUUUGAAGGCCUCCUCCACUCAGGGCCCAGGGAGCUUAUGUGGG